GUCUUUUUUAUUAUUAUUAUAUAUGAAGCUUGUCUAUAGUAAUCUCUAUAAACAUUCUCAAUACCAAUCUAAAAUAUCACCCAAUAACUAUUAUGUUGCUAAUGCAGUGGAUGAUCGUCUUGUGAUCAGAAGACAAGACAGACAUCUCCAAGUACUUCAAGUACACGAAACACGUAGUCCUAUUGACUAUAUACAAUGGGCACCUAACUCUGAACACAUUCUGACUGUCAACUAUCAAAAGUCUCGAGUCUAUAUCCGAUCCCUCACAGAUCCCAAAUGGCAAGGCUCGAUUGUCGAAAGAAGGUUUCCUAUAGUUCGAGUUCGAUGGAGUCCUGAUUCCAAAAGUAUUCUCUGUAUUUCUGAAUUAAAGUUACGCUUAGCUAUAUGGAAUCUAUCCACACAAGAAUUGAAAUACAUGAAUCAUCUCAAAUUUAUAGACAAAGGCAUUGAAUUCAGCCCUGAUGGUAACUAUGUAGCUAUUGUAGAAUUGAUCGAGGGCAAAGAAUACAUUAGUAUAUAUCAUGCCAAUUCAUUUAUACUAUUACAGAGAUUUGAAGUAGAUACAGCUGAUUUAGAAAACUUGAUAUGGUCUUUUGAUAGUAUGUUUAUUGCUGUAUGGGAUAAUUGUAUCUAUCAUAAAUUAUUGAUCUAUAGACAAGAUGGACACUUGUAUAAAGCUUAUUCUGGAUAUCAGUUUGGCUUAGGCAUCAAGACUGUUAUUUGGAGUCCUAAUAAUCAAUUGAUAGCCAUAGGCAACUAUGAUGAGACAAUACAUGUAUUAUCUGCACUUUCAUUUGAUUUAGUCGACAAAUUAGAACAUUCAGCAUCUAUCGCAGUUCAUUCAAACAUAACACCUAUAGAAGAAAUAGAAGCUGCUAAUCCAGCUAAAAUAUCACUUGGCCAUGUAGACACAGACUAUCAUAUCUUGGUACCUCCACUCAAGAUACCUAUCCGAAGACCAGAAUACAAUGAACCCAACCCAAAGACAGGCAUCUCUUCUUGUCAAUUCAGUCCUGAUAGUCAAUAUCUCUUUAGUAAAAGCGAUUCUAUGCCUACAGCAUUAUGGUUAUGGAAAGUAAAUACAUUAUCAUGUACACAUGUCAUCAAAUUUCGAAAACAUAUCAAGCAAGUUCUUUGGCAUCCUCAGCAUAACUGUCUUUUGACUGUGAUAUGUGGUGAUGGAAACCUGCAUUUCUUUGAAUCUACAGAAGACGGUAUGGAUAUUCAACCAGCUACUGUGCCAACAACGAGAUUCUCUGUUAAGAAAAUCAAAUGGAGCUCUGAUGGAAAUGCACUUAUCUUAAUGGAUCAAGAACUAUUUUGCUUGGCUGUACAAGAAUAAAAUACUUUACAUAAACAACA